AUGUUCAAAAAGAAGACUGCCUGGUUUUCAGGUAGUGUCAGGAGAGGAAUUCGUAGUUUCUGGGUAUCAGAAGGUGGACUCAUUUCCAGGUGGAAGAGCGCAGAUUAUCUGUUCAGUGACGAUGCCACUUGUCAUGAUACAAAAAGAAUUUUUGACACUGAUGACUACGCACGGGACAGGGUGACAGUUUUCCACAGUGCCUUCCUCUCAGCAUGUCAAGUACGGAAUAGUGUCAAGUCUGUGCCUAUAGGUCACUAUGUGCUUCCUCCAUUCUCUGUUCAGAAAGAGUUGAAAGCAGUAAUUGGACGAUUCAUUUGGGAACAUGACAAGAGCCAGCAAGGAGAGCAAAGAGAGGGGUCGGUUUGCUGUGAAGGUCAACAUUACCCUGUAAACAACAUGGUGUCAGGAUAUGUUUGCAUCAGUCAGCUGAGGAAGUAUUCAGGGGAACUGAAUGACCUUCAUCCUUCUUAUUUACAUUAUUCAGUUUCCCAAUCCUGCAGAAGGAGAUUUUGUAGUGAAUAG